AAUCGUCUGCUCGCACCUCUUGGAGGGUGGAAGAAAUGACCAGUGACUCCACCCCUGUCCUGCCUCUGCCAUCCCCUGCUGACCCUGAACCUAUGCAGGUGGGACGUCUGCGUCUCACUCCUCAGCAGAAGCAAGAGAGACUCACCCGGGGCUUAUGUUUCUACUGUGGGAGGGCCGGACACUUCGUCGGCAAAUGCCCGCUAAAAGCCAGGGCCCAUCAGUAGCCAGGGGGAUUCUGGUGGGCACAUCUCCUCUUAAUUUCCCCCACUCUUCCCGCACACUUCUUCCUGUGAGUGUUCAGUUUGAAGGUUCCAGUCACUCCUGUACGGCCCUGGUGGAUUCUGGGGCUGGUGGUAGUUUUCUGGACACGGGAUUGGCUAAGCAAUGGGGAAUUCCUGCCAUUCCCCUCGCUACUCCUAUCUCUGUUCGGUCUCUUGAUGACUCUCCUAUCACCACCAUCACUCACCUCACCCCUCCUGUGGAUGAAGCUGAUCUGUCCGGGGUUCCGGAGGAGUACCGCGAUCUUCGGCUGGUUUUCAGCAAGUCCCGGGCGGUGUCCCUGCCUCCUCACCGGCCAUAUGAUUGUGCCAUCAACCUCCUCCCAGGCACUUCUCCGCCCAGGGGUCGGUUAUAUUCCCUGUCUGGUCCAGAAAGAGAGGCUAUGGACAAAUAUAUUCGAGAGUCCCUUGAUGCCGGUCUCAUCCGUCCCUCCUCGUCUCCUGCUGGUGCAGGAUUUUUCUUCGUUAAGAAGAAGGAUGGCUCCUUGCACCCUUGUAUUGAUUACAGAGGUACACACUCAACACGUGCGCCAGGUGCUACAACGGCUGCUGGAGAACCAGCUAUAUGUUAAAGCGGAGAAGUGCGAUUUCCACUCCAAGUCAGUUCCUUUCCUGGGCUAUAUCAUUUCGGCGGAGGGAAUCAAAGCAG